UGUUGACGUUGAUUACAUUGCCAUUAAAUGUCUUGGUUAGAUAUCGUGCAGUUGUUCUGUUCAGUAGGAAAGCUGUUUAACGAAUAACGUUUGUAGACUGUUUUCUAGUUAUACUUUGUUGUGAUAAAGGAGCUCUGUCCGGGUGCAUGUGGGGUGUGCGAGCCCUGUUCGGAGUGGGUCUCCUGGUGACGUCGCGAGGGGCUUGCGUCCGCGCCUGCACUGGCACGUGCCCGCGCGUUUGUGAAAAUCCAUACAAAGCGUCUGCCGCGAGGCAGGCGUGCACGAUGGCGAACACGAUUAAAUAUUUAGAUCAGGAAGAGGCUCAGCACAUUGAUGAAGAGCUCUUCUCAGAGUACAGUUUCAGUGUGGACCAGCUAAUGGAGCUCGCUGGCCAGAGCUGUGCCAUAGCCGUCGCUAAGGGCUACCCGCUGCAGUCCCUGUUGAAGAGCACACCCAGGGUUUUGGUGGUAUGUGGCCCCGGCAACAACGGCGGGGAUGGACUGGUCUGCGCACGGCACCUUAAGCUGUUUGGAUAUGACCCUACUGUGCUGUACCCCAAGCGACCAAACAAACAGCUCUUCCACAAUCUCACCACCCAGUGUGAGAAGAUGGAGAUAGCCUUCCUGUCCAAGAUGCCUGAGGCUGAGGAGAUUGAUGAAGUCUAUAACUUGGUGGUUGACGCCAUCUUUGGGUUCAGCUUUAAAGGUGCAGUGCGUGAGCCCUUUGGGGACAUCUUGUCAGUGCUGAAGAAAGUCACAGUCCCUAUUGCGAGUGUGGACAUCCCCUCAGGCUGGGACGUGGAAAAGGGCUCCAGUGAUGGCAUCCAGCCGGACAUGCUCAUCUCACUCACUGCCCCAAAGCAGGCAGCGGCUCACUUCGUGGGCCGUUACCACUACCUGGGUGGGCGCUUUGUCCCCCCAGCCCUGGAGAAGAAGUACAAGCUCGGCCUGCCCCAGUACCCUGGCACCGACUGCGUGUGCCAGCUCAACUGAUUAGGAGUCAGAGGGGGAGACAUCAAUGCACAGUUUAAAACCAAGAAUGGAAAACAGCAGUGUGUUCACAUCUGAAGGAAAACUCUAUGCAUGGAGAGAGUGCAGUCCAACAGUUGCUGUUGAACUGAUGAUUUAUCUGUGGAGGUUGUAAAAUAUUUUUCAGAUGAAAAAUUUGGUUACUGCUUGAAUGACAUUAAAUGUUAUGGAGUGUG